UGAAGACGAUUCUCAGGGAGGAGCUCUGAAACACAACGUACCGCAGCCUGUCAACAGAGCAAAUUCACUGAAGUGAUGACAGGACCCAGGGAGAACAAUGCUUUAUUUGAGCUGGAUAUUUCUUUGGCUUGUCACAAGAGAGAGAAUUAAAGGAAUGACUAUUUCAGAUUGCUUCACCAAGAAACUGCUUUGGGAAUAUUCUUCAAUGAGUGAGCAGUUUGUCUUAUUUUGUGGCUUAACGGAGUCGUGCCACAGAAGUCAACUCUCACCAACCCAAGGCUCUGAAAACUUGCCCUACAGUGGUCAUAAGGACUUACCUGAUGUCCAGUGGUACUUACAACCUCAAAAUGGAGAUCCAUUACGGGAAAUAACUAACAACUCUGCUCACAUCAUCCAGAAGAGCACCCUACACUUUUUGACUACAGGAAUACAUAAUGCUGGGUCAUAUAUAUGUAGACCCAGGAUUAGGAGCCCUCGGGAUGAGGCCUGUUGUGUCAAGACCAUCUUAGAAGUUAAGCCUAAGACAAAUCUAUCCUGUAUACCAAAUAACUCUGUAUCACAUGAGCAAUACCUUCUUCUUGGUAGCAUUGACUAUAUUCAUUGCCCUAGCUUCAACUGCCAAACUGAUGCACAAAGUCCAAAUGUGACCUGGUACCAGAAUGGAAAGCUACUCCUUAAAGAAAAGAGCAACUCAAUCCUAGUGGAUGAAGUUUUCGAAGAACAGGAUGGCACGUACGUAUGUGAUUACACUGAGUCGGAUAACACAAGUGAGUGGACAGUCAGAGCUGUUGUUCAAGUGACAACCAUUGUGAAAGACACUAAUCACAAACCAGAUAUUCUGGAUCCCAUCGAGGACACAUUGGAAGUAGAACUUGGAAAGCCUUUAACUCUAAACUGCACAGCACGAUUUGGCUACCAAAAGAACUUUAUGCCUGUAGUAAAAUGGUACAUUAAAGAUUCUGACCAGGAGUGGGAAUUCCCAACAUCUGAAGAGAUCGGUGUUAAAUCCACCAAAAAGGAUAAAGUCAUUGCCCGCGUUAUCCACUUGAAAGAAGUUACUCAGAGGGAGCUUCGCAGGAAGCUUAUUUGCUUUGCCCAGAACUCCAUCGGGAACACUACCCAGUCCAUCCAACUGAAAGAAAAAAAAGGAGCAUUGUUCAUAUACAUCCUACUUGGCACCGUCAUGACCCUGGCAGGCGUGCUGAUGGUAGCUGUUCUGCUCUACAUGUACCGGAUUGAGAUAGUCCUGCUGUACCGAACCUACUGGAGCAAGGAUGAGACGCUCGGGGAUAAAAAGGUAUUUGAUGCUUUCGUAUCCUAUGCGAAACGGAGCUCUUUUGAGAGUGAGGCCGCUUUAUCUCCGAGUGAGGAAUACCUGGCUCUGAAUCUAUUCCCUGAAGUUUUGGAAAACAAAUACGGAUACAACUUGUGUUUGCUCGAAAGAGAUGUGGCCCCCGGAGGAGUGUAUGCCGAAGACAUUGUGAACGUGAUUAAGAAAAGUCGAAGAGGAAUAUUUAUCCUGAGCCCCAACUAUGUCAAUGGACCUAGUAUCUUUGAACUACAAGCCGCAGUGAAUCUGGCCUUGGAUGAUCAAACACUGAAACUAAUUUUAAUUAAGUUCUGCUCCUUCCAAGAGCCAGAGUCUCUACCUCAUCUUGUGAAAAGAGCUCUCCGGGUUUUGCCCACAGUCACUUGGAGAAACUUAAAAUCAGUCCCUCCCAAUUCCAGGUUCUGGACUCAGAUGCGCUACCAUAUGCCAGUGAAAACCUCUAAAGAAUUGCGGUGGAACCAUCUCAGAGGUAUCCCCGAAUUGUUUCACUGGAAACGACUCAGUAAAACAGAAACCACUGGGAGGAGCUCCCAGCCUAGGGAACGGUGA